CUGCUGGCAGCCAGCUCGGGACGCGGCAUUCUUGAGCUCAGUUCACCUCACCUCACCUCGCGUCAGCGCCCCUUCCUCGAGAUGCCGUGCUGUCCUGCCUCCACGUCGCAAUCCACCAUCACCGACCUCUAUUAAACGGCGACACCUCACGCUGCCCUCGCUGCAUAGCCAUACCCGCCGCUUUUCAAUGCGCGCUGGCGCCGGCGAUCGAGCGAGUCCAGCGGCUAAAGAUUUCAAUUUAUUUUUUUCUGAGAGAAUGCGGGGUGGCGGCGGUGGUUCCGGGCUUGGGUUUCGGGGCGAAGCGGAGGAGGAAGAGGAGGAGGUGGUGUCGGCGCCGGAGAGGCCAAUGCGGCGGCCGCGGUGGAGAGCGGAGGCGGACGACGGCUACUCGCCGAGCUCCACGGGCGGCGGUGGGGGCAGCUGCUACGGCUCCGUCGACUGCGACUCGAGGAAGAAAAAGUUCCAAAUUUUGAGCUGGCAUUCACCUUUGGGAAGGAAAAGAUUGAAUUUUGAGCGCUUAGAUAUGAUCAGAAGUGGGAAGCUUUCACUAGCUGGUGUCAAGUGGCAUCAUGGUGCCAUGCAGAUCUAGGUAGCCCAUGGCCUGUCUCAGGUGACCGCAACCUUUUCAGAAAGAAAUUGGAAGGCAUUUUGAUGCGAUGGAAAAAGCUAUAGAUUAAUAGACGGUAAACAGUAAACCUAGUAACGGAGACAGAGCCGAGGGCCUAAAUCUUUUGAUUUCUGAGACUUGAGUGAUAGGCAUCAACAUCAUCAUCACCAUCUUGGAUCCUUGGCAAGAAAAAAGAGGGUGUUUUUUCCUGACAUGAGAAAAUGGGCACCCUUGGAUCCUCUUCGCCUUUUUUCUUUUUUUCUUUUUUCUUUGGGAUUUACUUUUAAUCGCUGUGGCUAUGAUGAUGGUUGGCUGCAGCCUUUGGCAGGGUUCGUGCGCCCAGAUGAUGACCCGGACACAGAUCUGGAAACAGAUGGGCUGGCCACUUCCUCCUCCAGUGCCUUCACGGAGCGGCAGGACGAGGAGGAGGAGGUGCUGUGCGGGGUGAAGGAAGAGGAGUGGGCACAAGUACAAGAACCGGUCAAGAAUCCGGCAGGCCGUGCCACCCCAGAAUGCCAGAACCAACGGUACCGGCCGGAGGCUGCUCUUUUGCAUGGUAGGAAGGGGUCGAAACAGCGGCCAGCCUCGCUCGACUUUGGCAGUCCUGGGUUCAAUGGAGGCUCGUUUUCUCCAAAUUUCGUGGUUGGCGGUGUGGGGUUGAUGAACAAGGGACUUGUAUCAUCACACAUCAGAUCAGACGUCUUUCAUAGUCCUGGAACACCGAACUAUCUGCGGCACCGUUCAUCAGUGUUGGGGUGCCAGAAAGGUUGGAGCUCUGAGAGAGUGCCACUUCCUUCUGAAGGUAAUAGGAGGUACCCAGGUAGCAGCAUGGCAUUUCCUUACAGCAAUAGGAGGCAAUUGCCCUCGAAAUGGGAGGAUGCAGAGAGGUGGAUCUUCAGUCCGAAUUCCAGUGAUGCACUCGGAAGAACCUCAGCCGCUCAUGCCCGGCGACCGAAGUCUAAAAGUGGCCCACUGGGGCCUCCGGGAAGACUUGGGGGACAGUGCUCAUCUGUUGCCUCAUCUGUGUCAUUGCUUGAUAGUGGGAAAGUCAGACCUUUCACAUCAAAUUCACCUUUUUUGGCGGGAGUUCUAAUCCCGGAACAUGUUUGUGGAGAGAAAAAUACCAAUGGAACGUAUCCAGGUAGAGCAGCUGGUGAUGAAAUCGGCAUCGGAAAUGGAGGCAGAUUCUGUCUAGUGAAUGGUGGGUCUCAUGCUAUUCGAUCUACCAGAGUUCGCCGGCGAUUAGAUACUGCGGUCGAGUCAUCUGCUUCAUUGCCUAGCACCCAAGAAUCUAUACAAGAUGAAAAGGUUGAAAUCACAGAAGAUUCAGCCACCAGUAUUGCCCCUGUGGUUUCAAGGAAAGAUGCUGCAACUCAAACUAGCCCAGACCUAAGUAGGCCCUCUUCGCCUAACACCAGGCCUCCAUUGACCUGUUCACUGUCGACACAACAAGUCAAAGAGAGCGAGAGCUGUUUCUCAGAUCUUGAAAUCAGAGAUGUGCAGAUGGAUGAUCGAGUGACUCUGACUAGGUGGUCAAAGAAAAAUGUGACACGGUCCUCUAACAAGAAUUCAACAAACAUAAUAGAGUGGAAGGAAAAGAGAGUGGAGCCUAAAUCUUCUGCCUGGGACUUAACUGAAGCGAAGUGCAUAUCUGAGAUUGAGAGAGAGGAUGCAAAAAUUACCGUGUGGGAGAAUUUUCAAAAAGCAAAAGCAGAGGCAGCAAUUCAAAAGCUAGUGAUUAAGCUCGAGAAGAAAAGAUCAUCUUCACUGGACAAGAUUUUGAACACCCUCAGGUCUGCUCAAAGAAAAGCGCAGGUGAUGCGUGACUGUGAUGCAGAAACAGCAAACCAAGAUGAAAAAAAAUCUCGGAAGGCAAAAAGAACAGCACAGCUUAGCAAGAAUGGCCAAAUCGGUUCUCUGAGUGGCUGCUUCACUUGCCAUGCUUUCUAAUAUCAUGUUCUUCCACAUUUGAGGAUCACUCCUUCGUAUUUUCAACAUUGAAAGUCGGGUGAAGUUCAGGGAUCUAUCACAUGUCAGUAUACAAUACCGAUAAUCCUGCAGCUGGAACUUACGGACUCAAAUUUUCCAAAGAUGCUGCCGCUACUGGUAGGGACCGUGCACUAUCACGAUAUGGAGUUGCACAGUGCUGCUUUGUGUUAGUUUCGAUUCUGCCAAUGGGACAAAAGAAAAUGGAGCCACCAAGGGAAGGAGGAAUGCUUCUGCGUACACCCCAUGUGCCUGAUUGUUUCCUCAGCAUAAUGAUAAAGGCCUCCUUUAUCAUUAGCCAUUACCUGGCCAGCCUUCUAGCUGGGCACUGAACCUGUGAAGCUGUGAUGGUGAUGUUACCAAAGCUGAUCUGCAUCAUAUAUAUGAAGUGCAAUUCCAGCUCAAGAGGACAACAAAAGCUUCAGGUAUGAGGAGAAAUUAGUGCCUGCUUGUGCUUCAGGCUGAAAGACCCUGCUCUGGGGUGUUGGAAGGGAACCAACCAUGUUGCUUUGUGCCUUUGUUGGUUUUGUUUUGUUUAGUAUUUUAGGAUCAUGCGAUGGUGGCUGCUUGCAUAUGCCUUCAGCGUUGGUGUACCUAAUUUUAGGAAUUUGAAGUAUUGUUUUGGCCUGGAAACUUUGGAAUAUCUUCACAUAUGUAUAUAUGAGGAUGACAAUGUGGAAUAUCUUUACAUAUUCUUUUU